GUGAGUGGACGAAGGAUUAGCAACUGUGACAGUGGAUAUGGGGAAAGAGAAAAAGGGAAAUAGAUCGGGAAAGAAAGAAAAGUGAACCGAAUGCCCAGAAUAGUGAGUGGCUAAAAGCAAAAGGAAAGUUUACCAACUAGGAGUCCACUUGGAGUAAGGACUGGGAGGUUGUUUCUGGAACUGGGUGGACCCCUCGCUAGAAACACUUGACUACGACCACCACCACGGCACCAUGUACAGUGGAUAUGGAGGGGGUCCGUCCCGAGCUCUCUCCACCAUGUCGCUCUCUGUUCGCCCCGCCAGACGCCUCACCUCCAGAUCCAUCACUAGGAGCCAGAGCUUCACUGGAGUCAACACCAACGACAAGCCUUACAGGAGCCUCUCAGUGUUCAGCACUCCAGGCGUCAGCAGGAAGCCCAGCAGAGCCAGCAGGAUGUUCACCAUGUCCACCAAGUCCAACCCUCCACCCAAAGUCCCCCAACCAGAGAGACUUGAUCAGGUCUAUGAGGCGCUGAAAAAAGGCCUUCACUCUUACCUACAGGUCCAUCAGAUGGACUCGGACAGUCUCAGCCGACAGAUGAAAGAAUCAAAGAGGAACUCCAGACUGGGUUUCCUGUAUGAGCUGGACAAGCAAGUGAAGGUGACAGAACGGUACAUCAGACGACUGGAGUUCCACCUCAGCAAGAUCGAGGAGCUCUACGAAGCGUACUGCCUGCAGAGCAGACUCAGAGACGGAGCGAACAAGAUGGUGAAGGCUUACACCACCUCUGUGAGCAGCAAGGAGGCCAAGGAGAGUUUAGCAGAAGCCAAUAAAGGAUACAAAGAGUACACAGAGAACAUGUGCAUGUUGGAGAACGACUUGGAGAACCAUCUGGGGGAGUUCCACAUUAAGAUGAAAGGGCUGGCUGGAUUCGCUAGAUUAUGUGCUGGAGACCAGUAUGAGAUCUUUAUGAGGUACGGUCGGCAGCGGUGGAAGCUCCGAGGCAGGAUCGAGCUGAACGGCAGACAGGUGUGGGACAGUGAGGACAUGGUGUUCCUGCCGCUCGUCAGCGACUUCCUCUCUGUAAAGGUGACAGAGCUGAAGAGCUUAGCCAAUCACGUGGUUGUAGGAAGUGUUUCCUGCGAGACGAAGGACCUGUUUGUUGCACUCCCCCAGACGGUUGCCGUGGAUAUUAAUGAUCUUGGGACUAUUAAGCUGAGCCUGGAAGUCACCUGGAAUCCAUUUGAUAAAGAUGACAUGGGGUCAGUGGCCAGCACCGUCACCAAAGCUCCCACCAUCAGUAAGAGACUCUCCACCAUCUUCAACCAGAGCCCGCCGGACACGCCCUCUCUACGAGAACAAGCCUUCUAUAACAUGCUGCGGCGUCAUGAGGACAUGGAGAACGGAACAGCGUGGUCCAACUCCUCUGAGUCGUCUGAUGACUCCUCCAGUCCUCGGUUGUCUGGGCUACGCACCUCUGCGCAUCAUAAGACGGUGGUGGUGACACCAGACAUCCAGCCAGCUGUAGGCGGGACUUUUUCCCCUCAACCAGACAUUUCAUUCUGCCCAAGAGACUCCUCUUCAACUCCAAACUCCACCCACAAAAUCAGCCCCGUCAGUGAGGACCCCCACACGUCUGCACGACCAGCACCGAGCAGCAGGGAAGAGGAGUCAGUCGCUGUGACGACAAAAGCUGACAGUGAGGAAGAGGAUUCAGGGAAGCGGUCUCCGAUAGCAACAGAUGAUGGGAGGGUGACCAACAGCCACCCCCCCCGCAGCUACUCCCGCUCCCUGAGCCACAUCAGUGAGAGCAGCGCCGACGGCAUCGUGCUGACGGACAGGGCGGUCCAGUCCGGAGGGGGGGUGUCUCCCACCUCCGGGAUCUCCAUCACUGACAUAGAGAUGGAGGUGCAGAGCAGAACCCCCCCCACAGACGAGAACACAACGGCUGACAAUGCCACAGACCAACAGGACACACACUCCUCUGAACCAGUGGACUCAGAAACACACACACAGCCAGACAUACGCCCAGAGAGCGGGGACGUGACGUACGUGGCGCGGUGGGUGUCGGUGGAGGAGGAGACCCCGGGGGCAGAGUCUCCAUCCAGGGGGAGCGGGGGUCCGGUGGACAGUGGGCUGGAGGACGCCCUGACAGCCGUGGUCUCCUCCAUGGAUGAUUACAGAGGACAGUUCCCCGAGCUGCAGCUGCUGGAGCAGGAGCUGAAGCUGCUGCAGGUCACACUCAAGGGCGGGAGGCACAGCCGCUCCCCCAGCGUGGUCAGCCUCACCGUGGAAACAGCUCUGUGCAGCUUUGACUUCCUCAACACGUCUGACUGUGAGGAGGAGGAGGAGGAGAGAGGAGAGAAGAGGAGCAGAAGUGGCAGGUCUCUGCAGGACAGAGGCUGGGACAGCCCCCCCUCCCCCCUCACCACAGGCUGCACCACGUUAGACUGCGCCCUGGUGGUCCACCUCAACAAGUGCAGCCCCCAGCUGCUGUGUCUGGGUAUGUUUGGUCCCCUGCGCUGUGGAGAGAUGUACGCCUUGGACAGACUGCUGAGGGAGGCUCAAGUCCUCGAAACCAUCCGACGCAUCGCCAAGGACAACCCGAGGCGCUUCAGACAGCCUGCUGAAGUGAUACCACAGCUGGGCCUGUGCCUGGGUGCUGAAUUACUAUGGCAACAGUGUGUGGGGCAGGGCAGUGUGUACAGCGUCUCUGCUGAGAGCUUCCUGCUCACUCUGUCUGCAGUCUACUCCAGAACCCUGCCGGAGAGGGCCAGCAGCAUGGGCGACACAGUGUUCUUGUGCCUAGUUGAGCGAGUGCUGGAUCAGAGGUUACCACGGCGAGGCAACAGAGACGGAGUGAUGGUGACGCUGUUCCAGCUGUGGAGUUACAUGGAGGCCAACUGCAUCACUGACAUGGACACACACAUCACUGAGGUGGCAGAAGAAGUGUGGUUGGUGCAGAGCCUGGCGUCAUGUGACCAGGAAGUGAUCGUGCAGGCUCUGCGGCGCCCUCCAGAGUGCAGCCUGAGGAGAGAGGGACUUCAUGCUGUGGCCAAAUUACUGAGAGACCCGCGAGGAAAAGUGUCAGCCUCUGCCAGCUCUGUGCUGAGGAGCCUGGCUGCUCAGCCCGGGCAGAGGGAGCAGGCGCUGGUCAGCUGUUUGGAGCUGCUGGAAGACGAGCAGUCGGACACCAGAGUGUGUGGAUGCAAGGCUCUAGCAUGUCUCAAGGCCAAAGAGAGUAUCGACCAGUUAGUGUAUCUCUGUCGGACGGACAAGGACGAUGUCCGAGACGCUGCCAAACAAGCGCUGCUGGUGCUCGGCGAGGAGGGGAAGAUGGCCCACAGACACGUGGAGACGUCUCAGGACAGCAUCCCCAGACUCUUCGCUCCAGGAAGCAUGGCCAGCACUGCUUUCUAACACUUCACACACACUGGGUGGGAGAAAAAACUGAAAUAACACAAAAAGCCUCAAUGAGAAUAUAAAGUAGGUUUUUUUAUUUUCCAAUACUACCACUAAAAAUCAGAGAGGUAACUAUGGUAUCAAGGAUAGCCACUCUAUUUAACACUGGCAAACAUGUAAAGUUAUUAAGCUACAAACACACCAGUUUAUGUUCAUCAACCUGUGCUAACUACCAAGUUGGCGUGUAAGAGUGUGAGGCAGGAUGUAAAAUGUGAGCAGGCUUGAAGGGAAAGACAGAUGAAGGGAGAAGGAUGAAAUGGAUACUGAAGGAAGGAAAUGUAAAUCAGAUUCAUAUCCAAAUCAAAUAACUGGAUAUUGAUCCAUCAUGGCACAGACACAAAAACAUUAUUUUGUAAGUGGAUUAGGAAAAGUGUAAAGAUCUAUUUUAAGUCACUUUAUUCAGAUAAUUCACAUUUUCACAGCCUACUAAGUGCCCAACAUGUUGAGUGUCUUGUACUCCGACUCUCUGUGGUUUUGACUUGUACCAGUAGGCAUACAUAGAGUACAUCUACAGUACACUGCUACUCCUACCAUUAACUUUUCUUAGUGGAUACUGCUGUCUCUUGUUAGGGCCUGAGCAUGAGAGUGCUGAGACCCCAACGCUGUCCCUAGCACGAAGUGCGAGGAAACCUAUUGUUUUCCUGAAGAUUCUUAUUUAAGGUGUUUUUGGAAAAUGUUACCCCAGUUGCAACAUAUUUUCAUAUAACUCUGCCUUUCCUAUAGCCAUGGCUCUACUAGCUUGUUGAUUUAAAGACUGAGACCUAAGUAAUGCAGCUGUACUGCAACACUGCAAUGCACCUGAGAAUGGAUGAGCUCCAACUUCCCACACUUCACUGAUGCAUAGAUCUGGGCUGCACAAUUAUUCAAAUUUCAAAUCACAACAGAGCCGGCCAGCUAACCAAUCAGAGCAGACUGGGCUCUGGUUUCAGACAGAGGGUGAAAAGAGGUGCUGCAGCACAGGCAGUAUGAGAAAAAUAAAGAGCUUUUUGAACAUUAAAUGUCACAGUAGAGACACUCAAUACUAAUAUGAACCUGAAAAUGUGCAGAAUAGGGCCCCUUUAAUAAAAAAUCCUUGUUUUGUACAGAUUCGCACAAAAAAACACUAUAUUAUCAUUUAUAUAUGUUUUCCAUUCAUAUGUGAAUAAGGUUUCAAAAUGAUCAUUUACUUCAAUAUCACAAAUCAUAUCGCUAUUGCAAUAUCAGUCAAAAAUAAACACAAUUUGUUAUAUUUUCCAAAUUGUGCAGCCCUAGCAGAGACACUGUGAUGAACUUAUAACAUCAAUAUCCGAACUUCAUACAUGUCACAUCACAGUGGGCAUCACAUGCAUCAUUCUGAAGUUGACUUGGGUGUCCUGCAGGUCAAAGGGCGGGGGUGAUGGAGAUCCACCAACUGGGCAGCAAAAUAAUGAAUGGGAUUUUUAUUGGAUCCAUUUGUUGACGCAUGUUCUUCAGUCUUAAUGGAACUGUCUCUGGGGCUUUUUUGCUCAUGUAGAGCUAAAUGGAGGUAGGGGUCUCUGAUGCAUGGACAGAUACUGGAGAUCUGCUACUGCUGGACUCACUGUGAAACGUCUUCCAGUUCAAAAGAUACAAAGGAAAGCUUUUUACUCUCUGUCUCGCAGAGGUUUAUGUUUAAUGCUGUCAUUAUAUUAGCACCAGGUUGAAAAGAAAGAGAAGCUCACACUGUAGUUUUAAAUAAAGAGUUGAGACUGUUGCUAAGCUGCUUCUGCACAGUGAUAGGUUAAAACAAUUCAGUGCCAUCACUCUUUACAAUAAUGACAUAUCUUAUUCUUUAUGGAAUUACAUACUAUAUGAUUAUUUGCCACUGGAGUUCAAUAUUCUGUGAUUGUAAAUUGUUUUUUUUCUUGACAGUCUUUAUUUGUAAAUGUAUACUUUGUUUUAUAAGAUGUGUUUUACUGUUAAAAUGACAUAUAUUAUUAUCAGUUUGAUAAAUUGAUUAAUUGAAUGACUUACCACUGACAUAUCUGCUGUAAAUGAAGUCACUGAAUAUUUGCAUUACUGUCAGACUGCUGCGGAGGGCUUUGUCUUUUGAGAAGGCAAAGACACCAUACACCUUUCUUGGUUGGGUAUAUCGACAUUUGUAACAGUUGAACUUCACACUUAAACUAAAGAUUUUCUUUACAAAGAAUGAACAUUGCAUUUUUCUGCGUUGAGUUGAUUUGGCAUCCUCAAAAAUGUGGUCAUGGAAUUAUAAAUGAUUGAAGGGCGAUACCAGUGUUUUGCAUGUUUAUGCCAUUUACUACCAAUGACAUACUAAAAUAUUUCCACUUCUGCUGCUGACAAUUCUCCAAAGUGAGCCCAUUACACUCACCAAAGAAAAACAUUGUAGACCUACUGUACUUUGUUAUUAUUGGCUUCAUAAUAAAACUAUCUGUGAUUUUUGUUUGGACUCAGGAUUCCAUUAUAACACAUCAUCGUAGCAUUAUGAAUUAGUAACUCUAAAAUAAGAGCUGCAAUUAUGAAACGAUUCCUAAAAUGUUUGAAGGGAUCUUAUCAUCUUAAAUAUUUUCUGAAAAUAAUUAGAUACUAAGUCAUAGUUGGGGGACAAUGUUGUCAUUUUACUUUGGUGAAUGCAGUUAGUAUCAUAAUGGCAAACAUAAUGGCUAAAUUAAUAAAGUAACAAAAUGUAAACACAAAGCUGAUGCUCCCUGUGAUGGAUUACCAAACUCAAGCAAAUGUCAGCUAUCUUUAACUCGAUAUUGAUACAUUACAAUACAUUACAUUAUGAUACUGUAAACAUAAAAAAAUGUACAAAACUACUAACUUUGGAAAAGUGCCAGCGUGUGAAGUCAAGAAUAUCUUUUUGGUAGAUGGGGUUACAAAUAUGCAAGUUCACUGGUUUUAUUUAUCCACACUGAGUUUACAGAUGUCAGUAAAAAUGCCAAAGUUUCCAGGCCAGUGACCGUUAAUUGUAAUCGUGUUGAUCCUUUUCAUAGUGACACUGCUGAUGAUGCCAGUCUGCCUUUUCCUUUCCUGAGCACUAAUGACUGAUGGUCUUUUAUUGAUAUCAUAUGGAUGUGUUCAAGUCUCAUACUGUAUGCUAUGCUAACACUAUGAUGUAAACAUGUUGUAUUGAAAUUGACAUUGUGCAGUUCUAGCAGUCAAAAAAAGACAUUUCUACUGACAGGAAAUUAUGUGUAAUUCUUAGCCAUGCCAGCAGUAGCACUGUGGAGAUGUCAAUGUUGCUCAGUUAGCCAGACAGAAAUAUCUCAACAAAUAAUUAAUAGAAAUUGGGUUCAGGCCCCUCAUUAACCCAGGAUAAUUUGUAAAACCAAUAAUUGUGACAAAAUACCUGUAGGACUACUGCAAUUCCUUAAGCCUCUGCUGUACAUUGUGUAAAGUGCUUUUUGGCAAAUGUUAACAUCAGCAUGUUACAUUUGUCACUUAGGACACGUUAGCAUGCUCACAUUAGCAUUUAGCUCAAAGUGCCGAAGCAAUUUUCACAGAGCUGCUAGCAUGGUUAAACUGGACUAUAGGCCUACUUUUUUCUGUUGUCUAAGCUUUUAAACCAUUGUCGACAAUGUUUUCUGCUUUUUGUUCUAACAACAUGACAUGUAACAAUGUAGUAAUUUCAGUCUUGCUGCAAGUUUAAACUGUACUUAAUUUGUUUUUUUACAACAUGUGAACAUUUGUAAUAAUUCCACAGAAAAUAUGACACAGCUUUUGUCUAUAAGAAGGAGGGUCCAGGUUCCUAUAUGAAAUGUGCCAACCCUGUAUACUUCUCUUAGACUGACUUACAUGUUCAAGCAACACUGUGAUUGAAAAACAAUUCUGUAGCUGUUCUUAAAAUGAUGUUACCAUUUUCACAGAGGUUAAGGGCCAUAUCUUUAAAAUAUAUAUUUAGAGCCAUGAGAAAUAAUGUAACUUCUAAGACUAAAUUCAAGAUUAUCUCGAUGUUAUAAAUAGGACUAUAUCAGAAUAUGGGGAAAAGGUUUAAGUAGAAUUCUGAGAUGAAAUCAUUAUUUAUGAACUCGGAUCUGAAUCUCUGAUUUAGGUAUUCUUAGUAUUUUUCACAAGGCCUAUCCCUUUAUGCAUCAUCCUUUCAUAUUUAUUGAAGGCAAUAAUGACUUACUGAUGUACUGCUGUGUCCCUGAAAAGAACUGACAUUCAGACAUAUAUUCAGCUGUUGAUCAGACAAAGAGCUAUUUGUACAGUGUUUUAAAUCUGGAUGUUUAGUUCUUAUUCAGCAUUAAUUGUGCGACAGGCUGCAGUGUCACUGGAAUCAUAAUAUAGGAUUUUUCUUUAAGUGGGAAACUCACUGUUUGUGUAUGUAUAUUUGAUGGCUUCCGCUGUGUUAAAUGAUUUUACCACUAUUGUGCAGCCCUAUUGUUUUGUGAAGGACAGCAGCUAUCUGCAGCUAUACCUCUGCAUACAUCCCAGUGUUUAAGUGCCUCAAGCUUUGAUAGUAACAGAGAUGCAAGACAUAGAUGAGAUUGUGUGAAGCAGUGGGAAACCGCUCCAGCACAAUAUAUUUUCCCCACAACCUUGAUUAGUUGUGCAGUAUUGGAAACAUUUCUUUUUUUUCUUUUCUAAAAUAUAUUUCCAGUCAUUCUGGUGUUGAAUAUACACAAUAUUAAAAUAUGUUCAAAGAUU